GAAAAGGGAAGCUUUGGGCGGUGCGUGGCUGCCUCGCCUCCCCUUCCGCCGCCUGCUCCGCCCCGGUUGCUGCGGAGCGGGGCCGCCGCGCAGGUGGGACCCGGCCCUGUCCCUGUGUCCCCGGGGGCUGCCUUCCCGACGAAGGCUGCAUCAUCUCUUGGGCUCGCCUCAGGACCUAGGCUUUAGGCAGUUUUCGGCAUGGCAGUGGACUGGCUCGGCUUUGGCUACGCCGCCCUGGUGGCAUCAGGAGGGAUCAUUGGCUAUGCAAAAGCAGGCAGUGUUCCAUCACUAGCUGCUGGCCUUUUCUUUGGGAGUUUGGCUGGACUGGGUGCUUAUCAAGUCUCACAGAAUCCAAAUAACAUUUGGGUUUCUCUGAUUACAUCUGGAGCACUGACUGCUGUCAUGGGAACAAGAUUUUACCACUCCAGAAAAUUCAUGCCUGCAGGGCUAAUUGCUGGUGUCAGUUUGCUAAUGGUUGGAAGAUUAGCACUGAAGAUGUUGGAAAAGCCUCAGGAAAAGUAACUGUUAAUUUUACAUCUUAGUAUUUGGAAAAGGAAGCCUGAUCAUGAAAUUGCAUGAAUGCAGAAGUGAGAAGAUGGAAAAAUUUUCUGCAUCAAGACAUUUUUUAAUCUUUUUUUGUAAGGUGGAGUACAAUGACGGGACAGAUAGUUUUUAUAUACGAGGUAGAGCUGUUUGUGUAUAGAGAGAAAUGGGUCCUGGGUUUGAUUUUUCUGGCUUGUUUCAAUGUAUUUUAACACUUCCAUGUUUUUAUAUUCCAAAAUAUACUUCUGACAUGUAUGAAGCAAUGAGAAAAUACCCUGUAGUUAAGAAAAUAUCCAGACAGAGACACCAGGAGUAAUUGGCUAAAUACAAUAGUGUGUCUCAAACCUUUUACACUGAGUAUUAUGGUGUACUUUACCUCUUGCUUUCUGAAUUGAUAUACCAUGUCUUUAUAAUGUCCAACAGAUCUUGCCUUUUUAUUGUGAAAUGAUGCUAAAAUUAUGCUUUUCUAUAAGUAAAAUUUGUUACAAACCUUUA